UGGAUGGAUGACAUUGUUAUUUGAGUGCUGCUGAUAUUGGGGAAAAAAUGGACAGAAGGAUCAAACCGCAGACAACAGAAAACACUGAAUGCAGACACUUUUUGUUUCAUGUGUCAUCCAACAUAGCCUCACUGUUCUCACUUCUUGUUUUUUUUCUUUCCAGUCCCAAACCAUGAAUAUUGUGGGCCAGUUUGCGGAGACAGUGUUUGUGACGGUGAAGGAGCUGUACCGUGGCCUGAACCCCGCCACACUUACCGGAGGGAUCGAUGUCAUUGUGGUGCGACAGCCUGAUGGAUCGUUCCAGUGUUCCCCCUUUCACGUCCGCUUCGGCAAGCUGGGUGUGCUCCGCUCCAAGGAGAAAAUUGUGGACAUUGAGGUAAAUGGAGAAAUAGUUGACCUGCACAUGAAGCUGGGUGACAAUGGAGAAGCUUUUUUUGUGGAGGAAAAUGAAAACAUGGAGGUCCCAGCCCAUCUGUGCACCUCCCCAAUUCCUCUUGAGGUCCCUGAGGAGAUCGAGGAGACUGCUGAGGGAUCCUCCAUCGCUGGAUCUGGCGCCCGCAGGAAGAAACGCCGCCGCAAACGCAUGCGUUCUGAUAAUCACCUGAGAGAAGAGGCCCACUCCUCAUCAGAUGAGAGAGAAAGAGAGAAAGAGUGGGAAAGAGAAAGCGAUCAGGCCGGGCAGGAAAGUCCUGCUAAAGAGGAGCCUGUCACACCAUUGCAAGUCAGUAAGUCAGUGUACUACUCGCUGUCUGAGGAGCCAAAUGAGGAGCUGGGGGCCACACAGACCAGAGACAUUCAUCCACACUCAGAUGGAGAGCAGUCACCCUCGGAGAGCAGUGUGUUCUACAGCCGACCACCUUCUCCUAAGAGUGACUCUGAGCUCCUGGUUAAACCCCAAGAGUCCUCUGGGCCUCAGAUGCAGUGGAACUGGGGAGGUUUUCCCAUGCUGUGUCAAUCAGAGAGGACACCAGUGGAGAUGCAGCACAUGUCCCCCCCUUCCAGCAGUUUCCAUUUCCGCACCAUUGAGAGACAAGACUCCUUUGACGUGUGCUAUGAACCUGUGAUCAGCUGUGGCAGAGUGGGCAGUGUAACAGUGGUCAGGCCACAACCCAGGACUCACUCCCUAGACCUAGGUAGCCACACCAUGCAAACCACCCCUUUAUGUAAGGAGAAAAACUCUCACAUUGCCCAUUCCACCCCCAGUGAUCUCUCCACAUUAGGGGAAGAGGAGAACAGAGACUCAUUUUCCUAUUCAGCUGAUCUAAUUAAUGGCACCGAUUCUCUUGCUAGCAAAGAAAGCACAAUCAGUGUUGAGCAUAUUAGCACUGUGACUGAUAUAGUUAGUCCUGGAAGCAAAAAUAGUGUGGUCGGUGUGAACAAACCAAAGAACGCACAAAAACAACUCAUAAAAGAGAGCGAAGACUGCACAGUAACAAGUCCAAGUAGUUCAGCGUUAUCAAAUCCACAACAGCAGGGUGCCUUAUUGGAGCACAUUGAACAGGGUUCCACCAUUAGUGCCCCUGUCAGUGAGGGGGAUAGUGGGAUAGAUCCCUGUGCUGAAGGAGGGGAGGAGGACGGUGGACCUGGAGGGACUGAAGGGUCAGCAGUAGGCUCACUGACCAACAAAGGUGCACCAAAAGCUGAAGAGAGAGACGCUGGGACCAGCUGCACCGCUGCAGAGGGGUCAGCAAACUCUUCUGAGGUAUCCUCCAAAGUAGAGCAACAGGACAAGAAGAAAGGUAAACGUAAUCACCAUCUAGGACCAACAGGUAUUUACUUGGAUGAUCUCACCACGUUGGACCCUGAGGUGGCUGCACUCUACUUCCCCAAGAGUGAGACAGAGGGAGCAUCUCAGCACGGGGCAGAGCAAGGCUCCUUCUCAGGGAGCCAGUCGCCUCAAUCAGUGGGCAGCGGGGCCAUGGACAGCGGUACAGAGUACCUGUCAGAUUCCACCUCCUACAACAUGGAUGUCAGCAUGUCCCUCUGCGGACAUGUGGGUGACACCAGUCAAAUCACUAAAGAAAAGUUUAUGGAGCACAUUGUGACAUACCAGGAUUUUGCCAACAAUCCAGGAAUCAUUGAGGAUCCAAGCCUUGUGAUCUGCAUCAACUCCAACUAUUAUAACUGGGCAGUGGCUGCUCCAAUGGUCUUGUCAAUGACAACUUUCCAGAAAAACCUACCCAAGGGUACGAUAGAGCAGCUGGUGAAGGACAAGAUGCCCAAAAAGUCUGGACGCUGGUGGUUCUCCUGGAGGAGAAGAGACAUGGACAAUAACCAGCAAAAGAACUCAAAGGACGAGCAAGAGGAGACACUGGCAAGUGUUUCUUCCAAAGUUCCAAAAGCCACACUGGAUGACAUUGAGAGUGAUGAGGCAGCGGGCCUCGGUCGAAAAGCCUCCAUUGCUUCCAGCCUAUCAACAGAAACCCUUAGCGCCACUCAGUGCAUCAGCCAGAUGUAUCGCAAAUCACUACGUCUGACCUCUAAACAGAUAGAGCACUUAGCCCUGCGUGAAGGAGCCAACAAGGUGGUGUUCAGUGUGACCACACAGUACCAAGGCACCUGUCGCUGUGAGGCUGCCAUCUACCUGUGGAACUGGGACGAUCGCGUCAUCAUAUCAGACAUAGACGGCACCAUCACUAAGUCUGAUGCUCUGGGUCAUAUUCUACCUCAGUUUGGAAAAGACUGGACACACAAAGGCAUUGCCAAACUCUACCACAAAAUACACCAAAAUGGCUAUAAGUUCCUGUAUUGUUCAGCGCGGGCCAUAGGUAUGGCUGCCAUCACCAAGGACUACCUUCAGUGGGUCAAUGACAAAGGCACUGUCCUCCCUAAAGGCCCUGUACUGUUGGCUCCCAGCAGCCUUUUUUCAGCACUACACAGGGAGGUUAUUGAGAAGAAGCCGGAGGUUUUUAAAAUUGCCUGUCUCAGUGACAUCAGGGACCUGUUCAACCCACAGAGACAGCCCUUCUACGCGGCCUUUGGCAACAGGACUAACGAUGCUUAUGCCUAUAAGCAGGUUGGGGUGCCUGAUACCAGGUUAUUUACCGUCAACCCAAAAGGAGAGCUCAUCCAGGAGAAGAGUAAAGGCAACAAGUCCUCGUACAGCCACCUCAGUGAGUUGGUGGAACAUUUCUUCCCCAUGCUCUCUGUCGAGGGCAGCACGUCCUCUACUUUGGACUGUCCUGAGUACAGCAGUUUCUCCUAUUGGAAGGAGCCUCUACCAGAACUGGACCUGGAUGCUCUGCUGUAGAGACACACGCGCACACACACACAGACACACACAAAUUUUAAGGCAAACACAUACACUCUUGUGUUUGUUCUCUCCUUUUCCAGAGGAUUUCCAAAGGACUUUUCCCAACAUGCCUGAAUAUUGCCUUGCCUUGAUAGACCUGCCAACUGCAGUGCCUGUUUAUGAAACACUGAAAACUGGAGCAGAAAGAGACAACUGUUCUGUCUUACAAAGACUGAACCAAAUGAAGUUAUAAUAUGCAUGGAGUCCACAUUUCCAAAAUAAGUGUAUACAACAUUAUACAGCAUUUAAUCACACUGCUCUUACACCGACUGUGGCUACAGUAUUGUGCUAUUUUUAUGUGAAAAUCCUACAAUGAACACAACUGGACAAAUAUGCCUUUGGACCGUUUCAGAUUUUUGUUAUUGUAUGUACCAGCAUCAUUGUCAUUCCAAAAUAGAAUUUAAACAGUGUAUUGGUAUAAUAACUCAAAGGACUGUCACACUUAAUACUGUCACACAUUUCAGCUCUGAACACUUACCAAAAACACAUUUGAAUAGAAAUUGAGCUCUAUUGGAUAAGUAUUACGCGAAUCCUGCACAUGCCAAAACUGUCUAAUUAUUAUUUCCUAUUGACUGAUCUGGAAAAUUUCAGUUCACUGCUUGAAGCUCAUACUCGAAGCGCAAAGGGACCCAGGCAAGCACAGCUACAAAACAAACCCGUUAUCCUUAAUUCGGUUGACAUUAGAAAGAUUGUGUGUCUUUGGACUUCAGCGUUGUGGGGAGGGUUUUUAUAGCUACAUGUACCAAGCAACCAAGUAUGGUGUGAGAAUGUAUUUAAGAUGCUUUGGAUCAUUUCAAAGUCUGUUUGACCCUAAUAAGACUGAGAUAAGUGGGGUUUGCCCUGAGUGAUGCUGAGCAUUAUUCUGUUGUCAGAGAUCGUUUUUGGCGAGCGCAAAAGUGCUUCCGAAUUACAUUUGACUCGCCUGAGUAAUAAGCAAUUGGAGCUCUGGAUGGGAAGCUAGUUAAUCUGAGCAUAUUAUCAUUAUUAAACUACAACAUGCACAUUUCAGACAUCUUCCUUUCAGGUACUGCGCUACCAAGUUUAGAAAUGUUUGUACACUACAUGAAUGCGGAGGUGGGUCAGACUGACAAAUGACUUUGAUUCCAGAGAUGUGUAAACAGACCCUUGGGGAGAAUUUUCAGUUGUGAUUUAGCCUGACGCUGUCCCUUUGUACUAUAAUAACACUGUUAUAUUUAUUAUUUUUGAAUAUCUUUCAUCAUCCAACUGUGUAGGGAUGCAUUGGAGCUGAGGAUUUUGCUGUUUUUAAACCCAAUGUAAAGAAAUAUAAAUGAAUUUAAAAUAAAGUUCUGUCAGUUUUAAUGUGAAA